AUGUUCCUGUCCAUACGACAGGAUAAAAUCAAGCGUCUGCUGCAAAAGCUCUAUCAAAGUUCACACAGUGGCUUUGCAAAUGUUGAACUCAAAUUUUUAUUUUCAGAGCUAUCCUUUAAUAUUAUUAUGAGAAUGGUGGCUGGGAAGCGAUAUUUUGGAGAAAAUGAGGACAGCAAGGAGGCAAAGCAUUUCCGCAAACUUAUUGAUGAAGCGUUUUCACUUGGUGUCGGUUUAAAUUUAGGAGAUUUUCUUCCACUUCUGAGAUGGAUAGACUACAAAGGGCAUGAGAAGAAUUUGGCUAGGCUAAGUGCGAAGAUGGAUGCAUUCUUGCAAGAUACCUCUGCAGUGACCAUAGAAUGGGCUUUGUCGGCUUUGCUCAACCACCAGGAGAAGCUGGAAAGGGCUAAAGCUGAGAUUGACAGUCUUGUGGGCAAUGAUCGUCUGGUCGUGGAAUCAGAUUUGUCCAAACUUCAUUAUUUACAAGCAAUUAUUUCUGAGACUUUUAGAUUGUUCCCAGCAGUUCCAUUGCUCGUGCCACAUGAAGCAUCAUAUAACUGUAAAAUUGGGGGUUAUGAUAUACCCCGUGGCACACGGAGACAUCGUGUGCGCACACGGUGUCUCCAUUUUUUUUAA